AAACAUUUAUUUUCCUUUGGAAAAGAAUUGAUAUCCUAACAAAUUGUGCAGAACAUGCCAAACCAGAAAUUUCAACGAGUUGACCAACGUCUAAGAGAGAAUGGUGGGCGAUUCCAGUUAAUAAGGACGAGCGAGCUGAUAGCCCUCAUGGCGCUCUCGGCCACGUUAUUCUUGUUCAUCCACACCAGAGACUUGAAUACGAAGCUGAAGGAGAUGGAGGUGAAGCUACAACCAGACGACAUGGUGUCGGCAAAUCAACUGGUUUCAGGUGACUCAGGGGUAGGAGGACCUUCUGGAGUCAGAGCCAUGAUGAAGUUGUUGCAAAGCACGGGGCAGAUGACGACUCUGGAACCCUACCAGUUAAACAACACGAGGAAAGCUAAGCAGGAGAUCGUGUUCUUCAAUCGGGUCCCCAAAGUUGGGUCCCAAACGUUGAUGGAGUUGCUGCGGAGGCUGAGCAUCAGGAACCAGUACGGUUUCCAUCAGGACCGCGUACAGAGGGUGGAAACCAUCAGGCUGGCACCGGAGGACCAGGCGGCUCUGUCGGCCUUGGUUUCCAGCUACGAGCCCCCAGGGGUCUACAUCAAGCACGUCUGCUUCACAAAUGUGUCUCAAUUCGGACUGCCGGAACCUAUAUACAUUAACCUGGUUAGGGACCCCAUAGAGCGUGUCAUAUCUUGGUACUAUUACGUUCGAGCCCCAUGGUACUAUGUGGAGAGGAAGAUGGCAUUCCCGGACAUACCUCUGCCGGAUCCCAAAUGGUUGAAGAAGGAUUUCGAGCACUGCGUGCUAUCAGGUGACAGAGAAUGCAAAUAUCUGACAGGGGAGAUCAGGGAAGGAAUCGGUGACCACAGGCGCCAGUCCAUGUUCUUCUGCGGCCACCACGCUGACUGCUUGCCCUUCAACACAGACGGGGCCCUCGAGAGGGCGAAGAGGGCUGUUGAAGAACACUACGCCGUCGUCGGGGUGCUGGAAGAAAUGAACACGACGCUGAAGGUUUUAGAGAACUACGUUCCUCGGUUCUUCGAAGGCGCCUCGGAUAUUUAUUGGAAUGAAAUAAGCCGAUAUAACCCGAUCAACAAAAACUCGUUCAAGCCGCCUGUUAGCGAAGAUGUAAAAGAAAUAGUGAGAAGAAACUUCUCGAAAGAGAUCGAAUUUUACGAAUUCUGCAAACAACGGCUGCACAAACAGUACUUAGCUCUGAAGCUUCCGGAGAAGCCAUAGUAAGGGUAAUAUUAAUUGACGAUAUAAGACUUUCUGUGUAAAAUAUCUAUUGGAAAAUAUUUGCAAUCUACUUUUGGUAAACUUUUAAGUUAAGGUAUGAUUGCAGUUUCCUGAUUUGCCGAUGGAGUCAGUUUUUAAUUGUUUUGAGUAUCUAUUACUGUUAAUUUUAACUUGAAUAUAAGGGAAUGUCGUUUGUUUUAUUUUCUCUACUUUAAUUAUUGAAUAUCUGUUUCCUGGAGACUUUGCUUGCUUUUAAUUUUUCUGUAAAUACAUCAAAUAUUUAUGAAAGUAAAAGUUUUUAGGUUUCUGUUUGUGCGUGGCCAGCCAUUUUUGUAAAAACAGCAAAAACGUAAAAAAGGCUACAUUUGUAAAAAAGACUGGGUGCAGGGAUAAGGUAUAAGGUAUUCAGCAAAAAAACACUGUUGUAUGUCACUUGAGUUUUUACGACGAUUAUAGAGAGUUAAACAACCAGUCAAACUAAUGAAAAUACUAGAUGGCGACACUUAUGAAAAAUUCUUGGUAAUCUUACGAGGUGAUACGGAUUUUGCGGGAGAGUCGCCAUCUAGCGUUUUUAUGCCUAAGUUUGACUAGUUGCUAGCUAUAUUAUAGUGUUUUGGAAAAAGGUACUUUUUCGAAAACAUCACGCAUGUGAACAGGGGUUAUGGUUUAAAAAAUAAAACAAAAAUUCGACUCAGAAAAUUACUUAGAACAGAGAAUAAACUUGAAAAUGUAGCAUGAAAAGAUUUCCACUCUUUGUAAUCCCUCUAAGGGUCCCAAUUGUUAUAGGUACUUUGAUUAUUUUCAUUUUCAUCAUUUUUCAUCAAGACGUAUCUUUUGCAAAAACCAUGUAAAUUAUUGUGAUGUAUCGUAGUAUUACUAUAAUUUAAACAUUUUUAUAUUUAUUUUUUACGAAUUGUGUUAAGUAUUUAAGCUUGUGUAUAUUGUACCUCAUCGUGUAUGCUUAUGGAUAAGUGUAAUUGAUGCCUAGAGCUAUAUAAGUA